AUGGCCCAGGACAUCUGCAGCUCCCCAGGGGGUGGUGACCUCCCAGCUCCUGAUCUCUCUAUGAUCCCCACUGCUGCACAGGAUGACGAACAGGUUUUGUUUUGGUGCAUAAUUGAUCAGAAGUCUCCUGCCACCCGAAUCAUCUUCUGCAAGGAUGGGGUCGAGGUACACAGCCUGAGAGCUCAACAUCGGAAGGGGACCUACUACAUGCUCUUCCCCAUGACGAGGGGGAGCACAGGGACAUACACAUGUGGAUACCAGCACAAGAACAACAGCAAUCGAGUGAGGAACUCUCCCCUCAGUGCUUCUAAGAACCUGAGCUUCGCAGGUGCUGGUGUGAUGGCCCAGGACAUCUGCAGCUCCCCAGGGGAUGGUGACCUCCCAGCUCCGUCCCUCCAUAUGAAAGCCAAUGUCACUUUGGAUGCAGCACAGGAGGGAGAACAGAUUUUGUUUCGGUGCCAAAUAGUCAUGAAGUCUCCUGUCACACGAAUUGUCUUCUGCAAGGAUGGGGUGGAGUUUCACAGCCUGAAAGCCCAACAAAAGAAGGGAACCUACUACAUGCUCUUCACCACAACGAGGCGGAGCACGGGGUCAUACACAUGUGGAUACCAGCACAAGGACAACAGCAACCGAGUGAGGAACUCUGCCCUCAGUGCUCCCCAGAACCUGAGAGUCACAGGUGAGUCCUGGCAGUGGGGGAUGGGCAGGAAACACUCCCAGGCCCCUCAGAGCCCAGGUGAGUGA